ACUAUUUAAACCUCUCAUUAAUCAGAGGUAUCACCCAUUCGUGGUUGCAGACAUGGGGACUCAAGUUCUACUCUGCUUUGGCAUUCUUGCAAUAACAGUCAGUGGAUGUCCCAUCGGCCGGGAGUUCAUCACAGCUUUCAUGCCUAAUUAUGUACCUGAUGAUGCUAACACCAAACUCACACUCUCUAUCACAGCCCAGGAGUCUGUAGCUACUGUAGCAGUUGAGGUAAAUGGGCUAAACUUCAAACAGUCAGUGAAGAUCGAGAAAGGGGCCACCAAAUGGAUCAUCCUCCCACCAAGUACUGAGAUUCACCAAGAUGGAGUCUCGGCCAAAACAGUGCUAAUUACAGCUGAUGCAGACAUCACGGUGGUGAGCUCUAACAUCAAGCCAUUUACUGGGGACAGCAGUGUGAUCUUCCCUGUUAACCAACUUGGCAGAAGCCAUGUGGUCUUCACCCCAGAUGGAGGACCAAUGAAAAAGAUUGUGGCUAUCAUCAAUGGCAAGGAGGCCAACACAGUUGACAUCCUUCCAUAUUCAGACCUGAUGCUUAACAGCAUGAAACACUUGCAGCAAGGAGUCAAAACAACCAUUAGCCUGUCCCCCUAUCAAGUUUAUCUGCUGCGGAGUGAGAAGACAUUGACAGGAACUAAGAUUGAGUCAAAGCUCCCACUGGCUGUCCUUUCAGGACAUGAAUGUCUCAGCAUUGUAGGCACCUGUGAGCAUGUCUAUGAGCAGCUUGUGCCAGUAAAGGACCUCUCUGAUGAGUACCUGAUUCCUGCUAUGCACUUGCUCAUUGGCAAGGACACAGCCCACGUGGUCGCAGCUGAAGAUGACACUGAUGUGACUGUUUUCCAUGGGCCCCUUCCAAUACACAAGAAUCUCCGCGCUGGAGAGCUUCUUGACAUUGAGGUUAAACUGCCAACCAUAGUCCGAAGCAACAAAAAGAUCAUGGUUAUGUACACCAGCAGCAACGAUCCUUUUGAUGAGUUCCUGACUAACAUCAUUCCCACAUCAGGAAUGUCCAAAUCGUGGACAAUUCACUCACAAGAUGAUUAUGAGAACUUUGUAGUGAUUGUCUCAGAGAAACAGACAUCUCUUUUUAACUUGUUGCAGUGGAAUGUUUUUCCUGCAAACACUAAAUAUUCAUGGUCUAUUAAACCAAUCGGAUCACAGAAAGGGCCUAUAACCAUAUCUGGGGACUUACUUCAAGCUGUCUAUGUUUAUGGUGGGAAGAUAAGGCAUGGCUAUAGCACAACAGGAGUCUGCAACACAGCUCCUCGACUGCCCACACCUCCACCAGACCCAUGUGUAGCCAUUAAAUGCCGCGAAAGACAGCAGUGCCAGAAGGGAGUGUGCAUCCCCAUUGAAUCAGCAACGUGUUGGGCUGUUGGAGACCCUCAUUACAAAACAUUCGAUGGGAAGCGGUUUGAUUUCCAGGGCACCUGCACCUACACCAUGUCCACCACUACAAAGACUGAGCUUGUCCCUUUCAUUAUUCUGGCGAAGAAUAACCACAGAGGGAGCAACAAGGUGGCCUACGUGAGGACAGUAUCUGUCAACGUGUACAACCAAACAGUGGUCGCCAGCCAGCAAAGGGGCAUGGUUGAGGUAAAUGGUGAAGUCACACACCUGCCUAUAACUCUGGCUGGAGGAAAAUUACAAGUUGUGCAGAGGGGCUGGAACGUGUUCAUAACAACAGACUUUGGCCUGGAGGUGAAGUAUGACUGGAACAUGAUGCUGUACAUCACGGUGCCCAGCACCUAUUUCAGGUCCCUAGGUGGACUUUGUGGAAACUACAAUGGUGACCAAAGGGAUGAGUUUACAAAUCCCACAGGAACAGUACUCUCCACUGUGCUGGAUUUCGCCAAGAGCUGGAAAGUGUCCGACAAUGAUUUGUUCUGCCAUGAUGACUGUGAGGGAAAGUGCCUGAGCUGCCCUGCUGAACUUCAAGAAAAGUACACAGAAGAAAAGCACUGCGGUCUUAUGGUAAAAGCAAAUGGGCCAUUUGCUAACUGCCAUAAGGUUGUAGAUCCAGACAUAUACGUAGAUAACUGUGUAUAUGACGUGUGCAUUAAUAAAGGCAUCAGAACCUUCCUUUGUGACAACAUACGGAGCUAUGUUGAUGCUUGUAUGGCAGCCGGAGUAAAGAUCGAUGCAACCUGGAGGGUGCUGUCAGAUUGCCCAAUGCAGUGCCCAGGAAACAGUCAUUAUGAAGCAUGUGGAACAGCCUGUGCUGCUUCCUGUGGGGAUCGAGAUGCACCAGCCAAAUGUAAACAGCCUUGUGUGGAGGGCUGCCAGUGCAAUACUGGCUUUGUCCUCAGUGGAGACAAAUGUGUGCCGCUGAAGGAGUGUGGCUGUACCUAUGAGGGCCGUUAUUACCCACCCGCUAAUACAUUCUGGGGCGACAAGGCGUGCACCAAGAAAUGUUCCUGCAAUUCACAAACUGGACAGGUCACAUGCAUGACCACAAAGUGCAAGGCAUCACAAGUCUGUGACCUACGGAACAGUGUGAGAGAUUGCUACCCUUUGUCCUACGGCCAUUGCCAGGGCAGUGGGGACCCCCACUAUCGAACCUUUGAUGGGAAGACUUUUGAUUUCCAGGGCACUUGCACCUAUUACCUCUCCAAACUGGUUACCACAACUGAUGCCUCACUGGUGCCCUAUGAGGUUCUUGUCAAGAAUGAAAACAGGGGCAUGAACAAGGCUGUUUCCUUCACCAAGACAGUAGAGAUUAAAAUUUAUGGAUACACCAUUAUCCUAAGUAAAGACAACUAUGGUAAAGUGAUGGUUAAUGGCCUGUUUGUGAAUCUGCCAUUUGAAAAAGAGGAAGGGCGCUUGUCUGUUUUCCGCAGCGGCUACUUCGGCACUGUUAAGACAGAUUUUGGCAUGACCGUGAUAUUCAACUGGGACAGCCAUGUUUCAAUAACUCUUCCCAGCACCUAUAGCAACAUGGUAGGAGGGCUUUGUGGAAACUGGAAUGGCGAUCAAAAUGACGAUAUGGCCAUGCCUGACAGAACUAUCACAACAAACCCAACUGCAUUUGGAAUCAGCUGGAAAGCCAGAAAUGACUAUGGUUGCACGGAGGAGUGCCAGGGCAAGAAGUGCCCCAAAUGUGAUGCUGCUGAGCGGAAGAAGGACAUUUUCACAAAGGGCUGCAGCCUUAUUACAGAUAAAAACGGUCCAUUUAAAGGAUGCCAUGCCAAAGUUAAUCCUACCCAGUUCUAUGAAGAUUGUGUAUAUGACAUGUGUAUGUAUGGUGGUCAUACUACAGCCCUCUGCAAUUCUCUUUCGGCCUACACAGCUGCAUGCCAAACGGCACUCACCAUUGUGGAGAAAUGGAGAAGUGAUACCUUCUGCCCUGCCGCUUGCAAAGCUAACAGCCACUAUGACGUGUGUGCUGCUGGAUGUCCCCAGACUUGCAGUGGCCUCGCUGAACCUAUCGCAUGCCAGGGUGCUCCUUGUGUGGAGGGCUGCGUAUGUGACAACGGCUUUGUCUUAAGCAAUGGUGAAUGUGUGGCAAUGGAGCAAUGCGGGUGCACCUAUGAAGACCAGUACUACCAUCUGGGCCAGAUCUUUUACCCCAAAGACCAGUGCAAUCACAGGUGCAUCUGUGGUGACCAGGGACGAGUCAAGUGCAAUGAAAGCUUCUCUUGUGGUCCUAAUGAACGGUGUGAGAUCCGUGGUGGGGUCAGGGCCUGCCAGCCUGAGGGCAAAGGAUCUUGCAUUGUAUCUGGCUCUGGUACCUACCACUCAUAUGAUGGCAACCAAAUCAAUGUGCCUGGGAACUGUGUGUACAGAAUGGUGGAGAUUAUCCAGAUUGGAGACCAGAAGCAGAUACCUUUCAGUGUAUCAGUGCAGCAACUGUCUUCUCUUGGCGAAGCCAUGAUCACAAGGAAAAUCGACAUUGUAGUAGCUACGUAUAAGAUCACACUGAUUCCUGGUCUUCUGUGGGAAAUAAGGGUGGACCAGAUCAAAGCAGUUCUCCCGCUUAUACUUGAAGGCAGCCUGGUGAAAGUCUACAAAAGUGGCUUCUUCAUUAUUUUGGAAACAAGCUUUGGACUGAAGGUGACUUAUGACACCAUGGCCAUGGCCAUAAUUGAAAUUCCAUCCACUUACAAAAAAGCUGUCCAAGGUCUCUGUGGCAACUAUAACGACAAAAAGGAAGAUGACUUCCUCUUGCCAAAUGGUAAGCAGGCUCUCUCAGCUGAGGAAUUUGUGCAAGGAUGGAUGUUGGUUCAGGAAGAAGUAAUCUGUCAAACAGGAUGUGGUUCCCGAUGCCCACAGCCUGACAAAGAGAGUCAAACAAAGGCCGAAAAUGCUUGUAAGAUUCUAAUUUUGGACAAAGGCCCAUUUGCUAAUUGCCAUUCCAAAGUUUCACCCACAACAUUUUAUGAUGCUUGUGUAAAGGACGCUACAUCACAUCCUGAAGAUAAGACCCUUGUUUGCCACCACAUCCAGAUAUAUGUGGCUCACUGCCAACAAGCUACUGUCUCCAUCAACAUCUGGAGGAAUGCAACCUUUUGUCCAAUGACUUGUCCUACCAGUUCUCACUAUGAGCUAUGUGCGGACACCUGCUCGUCCACUUGUGCCAGCCUUACUGUGUCACACACCUGCCCAGUGUGUCUGGAGGGAUGCCAGUGUGACGAAGGCUAUGUGUUUGAUGGAGGCGAGUGUAAGCCUGUAAGCGACUGUGGUUGUCUGGUAGACGGCAGAUACUACAAGUCUGGAGAGAUGUCAGUCUUGGGAGACUGUAAAGAGGUCUGUAGCUGCAAAGCUGGACAGUUUUCAUGUGAGCCAAUGCAAUGCAAAGAAGAUCAGGUCUGCCGCAACAAGGAUGGCAUUCCUUCAUGUGUGUAUGACCCGUGCAUCAAGAUGAACUGCCGCUUAAAAGAGGACUGUGUGGAGAAGGACCGUAAGGCGGUGUGCGUGCCCAAGUCUAUGGCCUCAUGCCGAGCUAUUGGAGACCCUCACUAUGAGACAUUCGAUGGCAGCCUGUUUUCUUUCCAGGGCACCUGCUCCUAUGUAUUGGUUAAGACAUCAGGUGAAGACAAAACCCUCACACCUUUUUCCAUCAUCAACAAGAACCAACUUGCCCUUGGAGCACGGGGUUCUUACAUGAAGUCAGCCAUCAUAAAGCUCCCAGGUCAUGAAAUUGUCAUCACUCAUGGUGAACGUAACAAACUGAUAAUUGAUGGUAAAAUAUCGUUUCUCCCUGUGAAUCUGAACUCUGGCAACAUCACGAUAACUCAGUCAGGUAUCACUGGAACCCUGAAGACAGACUUUGGCUUGGAGGUCACCUUUAACUGGGGUGAGUUCUUCAAGGUCACAGUGCCCAGCAGCUACUACAAAAACCUGGUGGGCAUGUGCGGAACCUAUAACAACGACCGAAGUGAUGACUUUGUCACACCAGCUGGAGAUCUUGUGCCGGACAUUGUAGAGUGGGCUGCAUCCUGGAGUGUUCCUGACAACGACCGUGCAUGCUGGCACUUCCCAGCCUGCACUGAACAAGAGAAGCAGCGCUACCGUGGCCCCGAGUACUGCGGCGUGCUUGUAGACAAAACAGGACCCUUCGCUAAGUGCAAUGAGACAGUCACGCUGGCCCAGUUUCCAAAUGACUGUCUCUUCUAUGCAUGUCUCACUCAUGGAAGCCGUGAGACUCACUGCAAAGCCCUUAACAGUUAUGUUAACUCCUGCAUGCUGGCUAAAACACCAGUCUCACCGCAGUGGAAGCAGAUUACUAAAUGUCCUUGAAUAAGACGAGCCUUUCUCCAGCAGAAAUGAUCUGAUCAAACGAAUUGGAGAGGGAGUCCGAGUCCUACAGUCAGUCAACUCUGAUUAUCUGAACUUAUCUUUUAUCUGAUUGAACAGCUAAUGCAAUUAAUCUGUUUAUCUGUUUGUUAGAUUAUGAUUUAUCUGUUUUUGUUUUUCUUGUUAUUAAAAGCUUGCAUCAGCAGUA